UUAAGGGUUAAACAAAAAAAAAUACAAUCAAAUGGCAACACCGAGGAACGCCAUGUUUAUUUCUUUUCCGUCAUUCCUUUGCCGCGCCAUUUAGCGCUACGGUGUUGGUAUCGUCUGAAGCGUUUGCGAUUUGAUUUGCGGCAUUCUAUCAAAAUGGGAAAAAAAGUGAGAGAAUACAAGUCUGGAGACUUCAUUUUCGCCAAAGUUAAAGGGUAUCCAGCAUGGCCAGCCAGGGUACAAAGACUGAAUGGCAAGAAAUAUUUUGUAUAUUUCUAUGGAACAGGAGAAACCGCAAACCUCCCACCGAACAUGAUAUUCGACUACGCAGAGAACAAAGAGAAGUUUCUGACCAAGACAGUGAAGAGGCGGGACUUCAACGACGGUGUGAAGCAGAUUGAACAUGACUUCGCUAAUAAUGUGCCGCUGGAGCAAGUUAUUGGGCUGGCGGCUGAGCCGCCAGCCGAAGCUGCUAAUGACAGCGCUAACGACACUGCCAAUGAGACGAUGGAAGAGACGACCGCCGACACCACAGCAGACGAUACUGUAGCCGAUGAGCGCAGCACUGAACGUCGCGACAGUAAGGCCCAGUUCCUCUAG